AUGGCAGAAAAUCAGAAGGAAAAAAAGGAGGAGGAAGAAAAACUUAAAGAGUCUCCUGUUUCUAAGCUUGGUUGUGAGGAGGUACCUUGGACUAGCAAGACAGCUCAAAUGAGACAGCGGAAACAAAUAAAGAAGGCACUUCAUAGAGCCGACAAAGAGGCAAUAUGCGCAGAGGAGAACGCAGAUGAAAAUGAAGAUGAGCAGGCUGGCCCGGUAAUAGUGCACUGCAGUGCAGGUCUUGGCCGAACUGGAUGUUUUAUUGCACUCUGUAUCGGCUCGGAGCAGUUGCGCCGCGAGGGUGUGGUUGAUAUUCUGGGCAUUGUCUCCAAAAUGAGGUUGGAUCGUGGUGGCAUGGUACAGGUGAGAACUUUUCUUUCUUAUUGUACUACUUUGAACUACAAGGAAAUGGACUCAUUAGUCGUAGAGUAG